AUGUGUUCAGCUAAUUAUGUUCCCCCUCAAUCUCAUGACAUGGGCUUCAAAGAGGCGCUAAUUCUCCAUCAUUUGACUAUUAAUCGUGUUGAUACCGAUCUUGUCCUUUCCACCCUUUCCAUCAAGCCUCCCAUUACGAAUAGGUAUAAUAUGUUACAUGGAGGGGUGGUGGCAUCAAUUGCGAGUAUUGUGGGAUUGGUAGCUGUAAAGACGGUUGCUGCAGAUAAGGUGUGCUGGCAGAUUGAAAUGAGCAUGUCUUACCUCUCUGCUGGACUGACUUGCGCGUGUAAUCUACCAGGUCUAGAGUCCGUUAAGGAUUAUGAUUUAGUCUCCACCUUACGUGCCUGUCCAUUCUCCUCCCAAACCGGUCAAUCUGCUGUUAGAUGCCAACGAACUAGAGCUCAUGGAGAAACUAGGCGUGGAGAGGUGAUAGUUUAUCAUUUGGAACAGAGCGAGAAGCGAGAGGUGUCAUCGUUGACUGCAAAGUUUAAGGGAGGAAACAUCUCAUCGCUGACUACAGUGUACAUGCAGGAACCCUCACCUCGCUUGCUGGCUGCAGAGUUUAUGGCGGAAGAGGGAGACGUGGUAUGCGAAGGAGGAGGGUAG